AUGACGCUGCAAGCGCAGCUCGAAGGGCUGAAACUAGAGCAGAGAAGCCUAUUUGCCGAACUUACAGCGAAAUUUGAUAAAUUUAUAGCAGACAACUGGCUGCCUUCCCAGUUUCCGAAUGACUGUGCCAAAGCAACGGCAGUGAGUCGUUUUAGUGGAGUUUAUCAGAUUGUUAUUCCAGACUACAGUGUCCAUCCGUUCUUAGUCAGAUGUGAUGAGCAUCCACAAAAUGGCGGUUGGACCGUCAUCCUGAACCGUGAGGAUGGAAGCGUUAAUUUCUUUCGCUAUUGGAAAGACUAUAAGAACGGCUUUGGCAAUGUCAAUGGUGAGUUCUUUAUAGGCCUGGAAAAGCUGCAUCUUCUGACCAAGGAGAUGGACCAGGAACUGCUUAUCGUCAUGGAAGACUUUCAACGCAAACAGAAAUAUGCGAAUAUCAUAAUUUACUAA